AAGCAGGCAACAGGUAGUGGGGAGCACAGGGGGUGGAGGACAACAAACCCACGCGGAGAGGAGCGGGGCGCCGGGGAAGAAAUUCUACAACACUCACUUGUCAAGUUGUGUGGCGCCCCUCCGCUCACAUAACACCACAUAACUCUCCUAGAUUUGUUGGAUUCACUGCAAUCUUGAAAUCAACCUCGAAACCCUUGAGAACUUCAGUUGUAUUGAAGUUUGGCUGACAACUUGAAUCAUGGGGAAGAAGAAUCGACAUCGUUUUCAUAAAAAAAAGCAAGGAGGUGGCGGAUUCAUUGAUGAGGAUGAGAUAAUGUCACUCAACAUUAAUGGUGAGGACAAACACUGUAAUGCCAAGAGCAAUGCCAAACUGAGGAAAAGAAUGAAAAAACUACAAAAGAAACGAGAGAAACGGGAGGAAAAAAAUCAUCACAGAGACAAGCAAAGUGGGAAGUCUGUCGGAUGGCACAAGAUUGAAGUCAAUGGAAGUGAAGCAUUGGAAAAAAAUUUUCUCUAUACCAGUAUUGGGAGCUCUCUUGAUUUGCAGUUUCAGCCUCUUGGGUUUCAUAAAAUAGAUAAUAAGUGUUACUUCUUUCUUGAAAAUAAUGAGCCAGCAGCAAGUGCCAUUCGUUCUUUAAACAAGAGAAUACAAGAUUCUAAUGGAAACCUCCUGAAAAUCAGUUCAUCAAAAGUGCCUUGUCCUGGUUUUCUUCUCAAUUCUGAUCAGCUUCAGGUCCUGCGAGAAACCAUGGCCCGCCGGUUCAAUGCAACCUCCUGUCUGUUAGAUCUCACUGACCUACAUCAUGAUUCUGCAUUAGUUGAAAGAGAUAUUCUUGCACCUUUAGCUGCCACGGAUAUCAUGAAACAAGUUGUGAAAGUAAUUAAGGAGAAUGUUCCUCAUUUGAAGGCCUUAAAUCUUAGUAAAAACAGUCUUCGUGGCAGUAUCUUCAGCUUGCUUCAGGGAAUCCACUCAGGACCUUCUAACUUGUUUGCUCUUAACUUGGAGAACAAUGGCAUUACUAACAUGGGAGAUCUAGCUCAUUUUAAAAUGUUUCCUAUUACUGAGCUUAGUUUGCAGUUCAAUCCUGUUGUUGAGAUGUAUAAAAAUAAGCCCCUUAAGUAUAUAGAGCUGGCUAAGAGAAAUUUCCCACGUCUGAAGCUUCUUGACACUGUUGAUGCAGAAGCAUAUUUAGCAGAAAAUAGUAAACAUCCCACUGUGUUAAGUUCCAUUCAAUCUGGUGCUACAUUGAGCACAGCUGGAACCAGCUCCAGUGCAGUGUCUGAACCAUUAGUAAGAUCGUUCCUUGAACAGUAUUAUGCUCUCAUAGAUGCACCUGACCGCAAUAAUUUGUUGGCAGCAUACACCCCGGAUGCUGUACUGGAUAUCAAAUCUAAUUUGGCAGCCAUUGUGAGCAGUACCUUUGUGGGUCAAGAGAAGAUAAAGGAGGCACUUGUCACUUUCCCAAGAACUCAACAUCAGCACAGCACUUUCUCUUUCAAUAUUCAGUUUCCCAGUCCUAGCACUGCUGAGGCAGUUGUCAUGGGUCAGUGUCAGAUAACAGGUUUGGAUGCUGUGGUCACAUUUGCCCGAACAUUGAAAAUAGUUCCUUUUAAUGCUGGUCUUUGUUGUUCUCGAGACGUAUUGGAAUUGAGAUGAAAGUAGCAUCCUACAGAUGAGUGGACGCAAAGUUUUUUAUUUGAUUUUUAAUUUAUAAUUAUUUUUGUACUGUAAUUUCUAAGAACAUACCUUGAAGAGAAGCUGUACGUAUUGUUUAAGGAGGGAAAUUUUCCAAGAUCUUCUUAAGUUGAAUGUUUCUGAAUGUGUACAAGUCAUGUUAGAGGCUAGGUAGGCAAACAAAAGUGAUUGUCUACAGGUUAUUGAGUAAUGUAUUGCCAAUAUUUAACUUUCACAUGCAAGAUGGCAUACUUCCGAUAAAAUGUUAAUUUAAUCACCUUUAAUACAUCUUUUACCAUAUUGUAAAUUUCUUUUCCAUGAAUUUUUUUUAGAUUGUUGUAAUAAUGUCAGUCUUUUAAGGUUUCUCACAAUCAUAUAGGUUUGUUUCUGCUUAUCAGUGCUAUCAAUGUAUUCAACAUGUCAUUCAUUACUGGUAUUGAUAAUGACAAUGUAUGUGCCGAAUACUUGUGGGAAAUUAAGGCACUUUCUAUUGUUAAAGGAAUAUCAGAGUUUUAGUGGUCACUUGUACUUAAAAAUCUCUUCAUACACCAUGAAAGGUUAGCACUCUCUUCUUGAAAUGACAAAUGAUUGAGGUCCAUCAUGCUUAAAUGUGCAGCAGAAUCCAGCUCAGAUUCUCUCUCUCUCUCUCUCUCUCUCUCUCUCUCUCUCUCUCUCUCUCUCUCUCUCUCUCUCUCUCUCUCAGUAUUUCAGUACAGAGUGCUUACAUUGCAGUGUGAAAUUUUGUUUUAAAAAUGUAGGUUUUCAUGGUGCAUUACCACUUUGUUCCAGUAAUUCCUAUCAUUGGUAAGAAGAGCACAUGCCAAACCAUUCUGACUAGCUAUCUGCAUGUAAUGAUAUAUAUGUGUGACAAGUAGGUGAAUAGGUUUUGAAGAAUUAAUUUACCUAAAUAAUGCAUUUCCUAUUGUGACAUAUUCAUUCAUACAAGAUUGACAUAUACCCUGUUAAUCAUUCCAGGGUAGCAGUGUUGCCUGAUCCUAGCAAAUGUAAGGGAGAUGUAUGUAACAUAGAUUCUAUAGUCUCAUUAUUCAUCAUCCUUAGUAUUAUUAGGUCUUGUUCAGAAUGCUAGAUGCAGCUAGUUUGAAUGGAUCAGUUGAGUAUGACAAAACAGUCAAUCAUUAAAAAAAUGCAGUAGAACAGAAGUUUGUGUUUUUCAAUAAUAUAAAUUAAUUAUUGAUGUCUGCAUUUUUAUACAUGGUUAUUUGAAUAGAUGUAACUAUGUAUGUAUUACUGGAUAUUUAUCAAGGUGUAGAUAGUGCCUAUUAAAUCAUAUUGUGAAAAUGCAUUGUUGACAUGGAUGUGUUAGUAUUACUGUUGUACAUUUACAAACAAAUAUAUCUUGCCUGAAGGUUUAACUUCUGUGAAGUCAUAAUAACAGGUACAUCAUUCCAACACAGACAGACUUUCAGGGGCCUAGGGAGACUAUGGCAUAUUCAGCCCUAAACAAAUGUAUGUAAUGAAAAUGAGUUUAAUUAAAAUUGUGUUCAUCUUAAGUCUUUAUGGUUAUGGAAUAAAGAUUCACUCCUGUCUAUAUCUAAGACCACACUGUACUGUUUGUACAUAAAAAGAAAUCUUGAACCAAA